AUGUCGGUGAUAUUGUAUGGGGCCCCAAUUUGGGCGCAAACAGUGGCGAGAGACCGCGAAAUAAUAGGUAGAGUGCGUAAGCUGCAGCGGCAGCUUGCCCUGAGAGUGAUCAGGGGCUACCGAACCAUAUCGCAUGAUGCGGCGGCCAUCCUUUCGGGAAUGGUUCCGUUUGACCUAGCGGCGAACCGUAUUAGACGGUCUUAUCUGCGCAGACGGGAUAUCAUCGCCCGGGAUGGCGAGAUUACCCCGCAAGUGGGGGGGAUGCUGCUGGAGGUCGAGCAACGUCGCUUGAUCGCGCUUUGGCAAAGGCGACUUAAUGAGCUGCCUCCGAGCGGACCGGGCGCAAUCGUACGAGGCGCCAUCGGAGGGGACCUGGAGACGUGGGUUGGGAGAGUGCAUGGUGCCCUCACAUACCGUGUUACACAGAUCUUGACGGGGCACGGGGUGUUUGAGUCCUAUCUCUAUAGGAUAGGACGACGGAAUUCAUCGAAUUGCCUGUUCUGCAGGGCGACGAACGACACGGCGGUGCACACCCUUCUGUUCUGUCCGUCCUGGGCGGAGCAGAGGGAGGGGCUGCUAGCGAUUGUGGGGAUUGAUAGGACAUUUCGGGCUGUGGUGAGGGAUAUCAUGCGCUCUCCCGAGGCGUGGUGUGUCUUCGCGGAGUUCUGCGAGACGGUGAUGCGGAGAAAGGAGGAGGACGAGCGCGCCUGA